UAUAACGACUUAAAAUACGUUAUUCUACAACCACUCUGAGGCAAUUGGAGGCAAUUUUCAUCGAAUAAAAAAAUUGGUAAAUUUGUUCAUUGUCAAUAUGUAUGAUUUCAAAAAAUCUGAAUCUUCAGAUAAAGACGUAGUAUUUUGUCUGUAUUAAAUAUAGACUUUUGAAACAUAUGACAGCAUAUUAUUUCUAAAUUAUUAUGAAUUUAUAUUUUUUAGGGGGACAACUCAAUAAUUAAGGCGAUUUUAGGGGUUUUUGACACCAACUUUAGGGAUAAAUAUUUUGGAGAGUUGGUAACACUGUAUUGUUUGCAGUUUCACUUUUAUAAAAUUUUCGAACUAUAUGAAUUUAAUUUAGUUAAAUAAAUAUGAAUUACUGCAUAAUUCUUAAUAGUUUAAGAAGUAAACCCUUCUCACACCUCUUUCGGUCGUACAGUAUAGCCUGCAAUAACGUGUUAGACAGAAGAAGAGACGAGAAUUCAUAUGGUGCAAAGAAAUACUUAUUCAAUAGAACAACAAUAUUGCUGCCGACUUGUAACCAUAAUAGGGGUAUAUCGAUAGAGGGAAUCGUGAAAUGGCAGGAGCAAACAUAUAACAGCAUAGCUAAUAGCAGUGCAGUAAAUGUGAUACAAGAUUCGCUGCUGUAUUUCCAUGAUAUUACUGGCCUAACUUGGUCAGUUACAAUCAUAACCUCUACAUUACUUAUUCGCACACUUAUGACAUUACCCCUUGCAGUAUAUCAGAAUUAUAUUUUAGCUAAAGUUGAAAACAUUGGAUAUGAAUUGAAGGAUUUGGUCGAUGAGCUCAAAAAGGAGACUGCAGUUGCAAAAAAGAUGUAUAAUCUGAAUGAUAAACAAACCGGUUUGAUUUUCAAAAGGUCAUUAAAAAAGCAGUGGAGAAUUCUUGUUGAGAGAGAUAAUUGCCACCCACUAAAAGCAACAAUGGUUGUAUGGUUUCAAAUACCUAUCUGGGUGUGCAUGUCUUUUGCACUCAGGAAUUUAGUUAACAUGCAAAGAUCUGACCCAGCUGCACUAAUUACACUGAUGGAAUUACAAGUGGGUGGUUUUGGUUGGAUUCCAAAUUUGACUGAAGCUGAUCAUUCCUUUAUACUGCCAGUAAUGUUUGGAUUGACCAAUUUGGCAAUUAUUGAAAUACAAAGGAUGUCUAAACUUCGAGCACCGUCAAGGAUUUAUAACAUAUUCACCAAUGGCUUCCGGGUUUUCUCUAUAAUCAUGAUACCGGUUGCUGCAACUGUACCAUCCUGUAUGUGUCUUUACUGGACAACUUCAAGCCUGUUUGGCUUGGCCCAGAACUUGUGUUUAUUGUCACCUUCCUUGAGAAGAAAGUUAAAAAUACCAGAAUCGCCAAGUGAGCUAGAAGACCCAUAUGGUCAUAUGAAGCAAGAAAUCACUCAAAGAAUAAAAAAAGUUCUUCCCUAAGUAAAUAAAUUUUAUUAAUUGAAGUU